AACUAACAAGUCAGUUUGUUCAAUUAAGGCCUGGCUGCGACCAAUGACUGAUGAAUAAUUCACAGUCAACCCCUGCAGCAGCGAGUUACUGGUGAUAGAGAGCUACCAUCGAUGUAAACGUAUCACUGGCUAAAAUGGAAUAUAGCGCUUAUCUGACAAUAAAUAUGAAUUAUUUAGCUGGAUAAUCCAGUGAAGGAUUCCGCUAGAAUCUAGUUGAAUUUAACUUUCAGACUGCAGUGCACUUUAAUAUUAUCUUGGACGUUAUAGAAAAUGGCAAGCAAAUCAAAAUCGAAGUCUAAAAGCACCGCAGUGGAAAUGAGUGGGCCGGGAAGUAAACAAUUUGAGAAAGAUAUCAAAGACAUGUUCAAACUGUUUGAUAAAGACGGGGACAAAUCGUUAUCAACUGAAGAAAUUAGCAAAGCUCUGAAAUCUAUGGGUGUUUGUCUUACUUAUAAAGAGAUACAAGUUGCGUUAAAAGAUAUUGGUAAAAAUAAACAUGGCAAGAUAGAAUUUAAAGAAUUCCGAGAAUUUCUAAUACGACAGUAUAAAAGUAAGAGUUUAGAGGCACAAGCUAGAGAAUCAUUCCGUAUAUUUGACAGAGAUGGAAACGGUACGAUAGACAGAAAAGAGUUAAAACACGCAAUGAAAAUGCUUGGAGAAGAACUCAGUGACGAGGAGGUCGAACAAAUGAUGAAAGAAGCGGAUGAAAAUGGAGAUGGAAAAAUAAACUUUGAAGAGUUCCUACGAUUAUGGAAAAUUUUAAAUGGAGAAGAAGGCGAAUAAUCGUGUGGCAUUACGCCCUUAAUUGUUUAAGUGCUUUUUAAAAUAUAUUCUUCAAUUAUUCAUUAUAUUACUUUGCCAUUAAUACAUUUGACAAAUUUUGUUAAACGUUAAAGAAAUACAGAAUAUCAAGUGAGUGAAGUGCAAGCUCUGAGUGUUUUGAAUGAGUUUGAUUCAGAAGAUAUACGCUGACAGAAAACAAUACUAUUUUAACUAACAACCAUACGAUCCACUGGGUCACUGGACUAUUAGCACUUUUACUAAUUUAGCUAAUUAUAAUAAUUGAUAAGAUUUCUUUCUUUAAAUCGCAUAGUCCAACUUUAAUCCAAAUAUUGCUUAAGGUAGUGAACCAAAAGUGACAAAUCGGUAAAUUUCCGUGCAUUAACAUAUUCUCGUAUGCCACUUCGUCAUUCUUCGGGCUUAUCAGCAAAUUGCUUUCCGUAACAACCGGAGAAUGCCGAAUAUAUUGCUUAAGGUAGUGAACCAAAAGUGACAAAUCGGUAAAUUUCCGUGCAUUAACAUAUUCUCGUAUGCUAUUUCGGCAUUAUUCGGGCUUAUCAGCAAAUUGCUUUCAGUAACAAUCGGAGAAUGCCGAAUCGCAAACGGAGACUACGUAAUCAAACGGAAAUUGCCGACCGUAAUUAAGACAGCUAUUUGCUAGAAGUUAAUAACUACACCAUAUUCUAAUAUAUGGUGGCUGAUUUCUGCCAUCUCGUUCUGGCGUGUUGGCGCGU